AUGAACGGCCUCGAAAUUACCCCAUUCAUAGCCAAUCUUCCCAAAGUUGAGCUCCAUGUCCACAUCGAAGGCACUCUAACACCUUCUCUCCGUUGGGACCUGGCCCGCCGUAACAACAUCACCCUCCCCUACGCCACUUUCUCAGAACUGCAAGCCUCCUACGCAGUAACCCUCAACCACCGACCCGAGCUAAAUGGCCGCCAACCAGGCAUCCCAACCUUCCUGGAAGCCUAUUUCGCCGGUUGCGAAGUCCUCCGCACAGAAACAGACUUCUACGAUCUAGCCAUGGCAUACCUGCGCCGCUGUUUCACCAUGAACGUGCGCUAUACCGAACCCUUCUUCGACAUCCAGGCGCACACACGACGCGGUGUCCCCGCAGCUGCCGUUCUGGACGGGUAUUUACGCGCGAAACAUGAUGCCGCAGCCCAGCUCGGUGUUCAUUCACGCUGGAUUCUGUGUUUCUUGCGUGACGAGCCCGUCGAGCAAGGUCUGGAUGCUUACCGCGAGGCGAGACCUUGGGCUGCUGGGACUGUUGAGGGCGGGAAGGGGCUAUUUCAUGCUGUUGGAUUAGCGAGCAAUGCGUACGAAAGACCGCCGAUGCUAUUUGAAGAGGGGUUUGCGCUUGCGCGCGCAGAUGGCUUGCAUGUUACUAUGCACUGUGACUUUGGACAGAAGGAUACGCGGGAGCAUGUGACUGAGGCUAUUUUUGAGGUUUGUGGGGGGAAGGGAGCGGAGAGGAUUGAUCAUGGGUUGGAUGCGGAGGAUUCGGAGGUGUUGUGGCGUGGGUUGGUGGAUAGGGGGAUUGGGUUGACUUUGUGUCCGCAUGCUUAUCAUCGGAGGACGGCGACUGAAGUUUUGUUUUCGAAGAUUCGGAGGUUGGUGGAGAGGGGGGUGAAGAUUUGUAUUAAUAGUGAUGAUCCGACUUUGAUGCAUGAUGUUUGGAUUGAUGGGAAUUUGCAGAAGGUUUAUACUUACUGUGGGUUUAGUCAAAAGGAGAUGGUGCAGUUGGCGAGGAAUGCGGUGGAUAUGUGUUGGGCUGAGGAGGAUGUCAAAAGGGCUAUCUACGAAGAAUUAGAUCGUGUUGAUACUUGUGAAUAA